UUUGCACCCCCGGAGGCCGGGUCCCGCUGAAGCGGUCCGCAGCAUCCUUUCCUCGGGAGCUCCAGCCCGGAGUCCGCCGCCGGUGGAGGGUCUGCCCGCGGUUCCCCGCCAGCGUGUGGGCUGGAAGGGGAGGAAAGACGAAUUCCCGCUCCGUGUAGCCGCCUUAAGUGACUGCUGUGAGUCCCGUUAGGUUCCUGGUUCGGAAACCAUGACCGAGGAGCUGGAUCUCCAUGGACAGGACUCUGAUGGGGGUAGUGAGGAGGUGGUCCUAACUCCUGCUGAGCUCAUUGAAAGGCUGGAGCAGGCGUGGAUGAAUGAGAAGUUUGCACCUGAGCUACUGGAAAGCAGGCCUGAAAUUGUCGAGUGUGUCAUGGAACAGCUAGAGCACAUGGAAGACAAUCUCAGAAGAGCCCAAAGAGGGGAUCUGAAGGUCAGCAUUCAUCGAAUGGAGAUGGAGAGGAUCCGCUAUGUCCUUAGCAGCUACUUGCGGUGUCGACUCAUGAAGAUAGAGAAGUUUUUCCCACACAUCCUAGAAAAGGAGAAAACGCGCUCUGUGGGGGAACCUUCCAUCCUUUCUCCAGAGGAGUUUAUCUUUGUCAAAGAGUAUAUGGAUCACACAGAGACCCAUCUUAGAAAUGUUGCCUUAAAGCACAUGCCUCCCAAUCUGCAGAAAGUGGACCUCUUGAGGGCAGUUCCCAAACCAGACCUAGACUCAUACGUGUUUCUGAGAGUGAAGGAGCGACAAGAAAACAUCCUCGUAGAACCAGAGGCAGAUGAGCAGAGAGACUAUGUUAUUGACUUGGAGGAGGGCUCACAGCACUUGAUCCGGUACAAAACCAUUGCACCUCUUGUUGCUUCUGGAGCUGUUCAGUUAAUAUAAAACAACUAACAAGCCUGAGGAUGUGGAAUCAUGGACAAUAUUAGAAACCCCGUUUCCUUUUGUGUCUAAGAAUAAUGAAGCCAUGCAGUAGGCUUUUCUCAGCAACAUGCGGACUACUUGGCCAUGGUAAAAAGAUCAGUGCGGGUUUCCUUCAUCACCACAGCCUUCUCUAACUCUCUGCUGUUCUAGCCAGCACCAGCAGAUGGGGCCCUUCCUCUGUCUGGCUUCUCAGCAAAUAAAUGAACUGUCAGAUGUGUGCCUUUUUUUCCCUACUAUUUACUGAACUCAGGAAACAUCACGAAGAGGCUUCUCCGCCCUGCCAUGAUGCGGAGAUGAAUUGAGCAUAACUUGAUGGUAACAAGAGAAAUCCUUUAGCUUUCCUGGUAGAAGAUUAUAAGCAGCUACUUUUAUACAUCAUAUAAUAUGUGACCUAAUGUUUUAGAACCUUAAAUAUUGAACUUAACACAAAUUUCUGUCAUGCAUAACUGAUGAAAGUCACAGCUAAAUAAGCCACUGUUAAAUGUCAGACUUGUGGUAGAAGGAGUCUUUGGACGAUUCUUAGCUUAGUGUCUAAGGAAAUAGAUUCUCCCUGUGUCUUAGGCAGUUUUGCCUAUCAGGUCUUCAGGCCAUUGUGCUCCAGCCUCUGAACGGAACGUCAUCAUUAUGAACUGUCCUAAGCUGGGACCUCAGCGUAUCCAGGGAUAUGGGUAAAAUGGCGUAAUGUGAACAGCUUAACACCUGAAGGGAAAACGGACAGCUCAUGAGUUAGCACCUCGAGACUGAUGAAAAGCAGCCUUUCCUUUUUAUUUAUUGUUACUUAUUUUGA